UUUUCGAUUAUCCAACUAAAUCACGCUUUCUGAUACUAAUAAGAAAAUGAACUCUUUAUUUCCGGUUUAAUUUAUAAACAAAACAUUAUAAAUAAUUCAGAUAUAGUUUCUUAUAAUAGCACCUAAUAUUUCAACAGAAAAUGGGAGACGCCGUGGAGGCCUUGUUUAUAAGCACGUCGACCGAGGACAACACAACGUGUAGCGUGCAGGAUCUUCGGACGGGGACCGACUUGAUGCGCUACAAAGGAGGCGGGUGCGCCCAACACAAUGGCUUAGAGAUGAUUCACCUUAAUUACCUUUUCUCGGCUAACUCCGCGAAGCCACUUCUGCACGUUUGGCCUAUUAACAAGCAGGAGCAGAUGACUGGAAUACGAUUCGUGGUGCCCGGCAAAGUUAACGCGCUGGCCUUAACGCCUGACGGGAGCUUCUUGGUGGCCGGCAUCCAGGAAAACAUCUACCUGUGGCACAUGAACUCCGGUCGCAUGUUGAACACUUUGUCCAAGCAUUACCAGGCGAUCACCUGCUUGCGUUUUACGGACAACGGCGAGCACUUCAUUAGUGGCGGUAAAGAUGGAGCCGUACUCGUCUGGGAUCUGACUUUCUCGGCCGCUCCAUUGGACACGGGAAGCGGCAAAGACAGUACUGAACCACUAUACAGCUUUAAUGACCACGGUCUGGCAGUCACAGGCCUGUAUUCUGGCAUUGGUGGCAUCCGCUCCUAUCUGUAUACGGUAUCGCUGGAUCGCUGCUGCAAGCUGUACGACCUGAGCGGAGGGAUAAUGCUUUUGAGCGUAGUGUUCCCAGUAGCCCUACACAGCGUAAUCGUAAAUAAGAUGGAGACUAAGGUGUAUGUGGGCUCCAGCGACGGCAAAGUGUUUGUCUUUAACAUGGUUAAUCCACCUCGCAUGAAGGAAUAUCAUGUGGAAGAGGAAGAAAUCCAGGCCUUUGUGGGCCAUACUGCCGGCAAGGCAAUAACCUGUUUGGCUUUAAAUUUAAGUGCCACUAUACUGAUCUCUGGCGGCGAGGAUAACCAGGUGUGUGUCUGGGACGUGAACAGCAAACAGCUAAUAAAAAGCUUGCCCCAGAACGGCUCGGUGACCAACCUGCGCAUCCGCCUGCUCAGUCCGUCCCUCUUUUUGCCGGAGCACAAGCAACCGCAGCUGUUCGCCGACAGUCUAAAGAGGAUGAUCACCCCGCGGGACGAGGACGAUUACUUAGAGAUUUUGGUCGAGCAGGAAAUCGGAGGACGUAAGUCUCCAGAACUGGACUUCACCAAAAGUUAUCCGGGUACGGAUGAGGAUUUACUAAUCAAGUUGGCAUCUAUGAAUACGAAAAGUAAUAAGGAAGAAGAUGAAACGGAAUCCGAAGCCGAAGUUGAGGAAGCUGAGUCCGCUGUAGAGGAAGUUGAAUCUGCAGAAGAGGAAGUGGAAUCUGCAGAAGAGGAAGUGGAAUCCGAAGACGAUAAAAUAGAAUCCGAUGCGGGAGUGGAGUCGAUAGCCGAUGAAGCGGAAUCCGACGCAGAUGAGCAGUCGAGUACCUCAAAGACGAACGGCGUGGAUGUGCAGAAACUACUAGCUGAGAAUGCUCGCCUUAAGGAAGAGUCCAAGCGGAUGUUCGAUAUCAUUUUUAAGUACAUGGGCAGCGAUGCCAACAUGCAGGGCCUACCUGCGGGGAAGCCUAAGCGCAAAAAGCCUCGUCAAAACUAGAGAACCUUAGAUUUGUUUUCAAUUAUGUUUACUUAAGUUUAAAGUCAAUAGUACAUGAUAAUAGCAAAAAAAAAACAAAAC